AUGCCCGGUCUUCUCGGAACUCCCACUUUCGCGAAGAUGUCCGUCGACGCCGUUGGGCGUCUUUGGCGACGUCUGAAGGACAAGAAGCAGGGUUCCAAGCAGGUCCUUGAACAGAUUGUUGAGGAGGCUCUUGAGCAGGGCCCUACGGAGAGCCACGAGCAGGGCAUUGAACAGGAGCAGCAUACUUUCUACUCGGACAGUCUUGAUACAAUCGGGUACUCCUCCGUCAGUGACCCUGACACUCUUGCUUGUGUCGAGUUCGUUCAGGGAUGGGUCAAUGGCACUACUGGCACUUAUGACUUCUUUGGUGCUUGGCGUCACCCCUCGGAGCCCUCUUCCAUCGGUAAGUAUCACUGGCUGUCGGAACAGCACGAGACAACUGACAGCCAGGAAGCUUCCUUUGAUGACGAGGCCGAUCUCUUCCGUAGCGUCAGCUAUCGCUCCGAUCUCGUCGAGCCUGCUGAGCACGUCGAGCCUGCUGAGCUCGCCGAGCCUGUUGUGCCCGUUGUGCCCAUCGCACCCGUCAAGCCCGCCAAGCGCGGCAUCAAGAACGCUUUCAAGAGCGUUAAGGCUGUCUUCAAGCAGCGCAACUCCUCCGAUUAG